CUUAUGCUGUGGAAAGCGCCAAAUCAUCCAAGAAAGAAGAAGACAUUUGUUAAGCCGAGCUCUCAUGUUGCUAGGAAACCGUUGUUGAGUAGUAGCAGCAUGUGAAGCUACAAGCCACUUUAUUUUCAGUUGAGGUGGUGUUAACGCGUUCACAAACAAUGCCGCCAAAGAGAAAAUCUUCCAAUAAGUCCCCAAAGGGCAAAACUCCAACAGUAGUGGAUGGCUUGUCCACAGAGGAGAUGUCCAAAGAGCAGUUGGAGGAGCACAUUGUGCGUCUGCGAGAGGAGCUGGACAGAGAACGAGAGGAACGCAACUAUUUUCAGCUAGAGAGGGACAAAAUCCACACAUUUUGGGAAAUCACCAGAAGACAUCUGGAAGAAAAUAAGUGUGAGCUGAGAAACAGAGAGCGUGAACUGGAGGAGGCAGAGGAGCGCCACCAAGUGGAAAUUAAGGUUUACAAGCAGAAGGUCAAGCACUUAUUGUAUGAACAGCAGAACAUGCUGUCUGAACUGAAGGCUGAAAGUGUCUCCAGUACCAAACAGCUGCAGAAGGAGCACGCUGUCCUCGAGAAUCAUCUGCAGAAGGACAUGCGCAACUUGAAAGUUUACUUAAAAGAGCAGGAGCUGUCCAGUGAGAAUGUACUCAAGAGCAUUCAUCUGAAACACGAUGAGGAAAUUACUGGACUGCGAAAUUAUUUUGCCAGACAAGUACGAGAAAUUGGAUCCAAAUAUGAGAAAAGGAUGCAGAAGCUGCGUCAGGAGGAAGAUCUAAGACGUAAGACAGAGAUUCAUGAGAUUGAGGAACGAAAGAACAGCCACAUCAACAUGCUGAUGAAGAACCAUGAGAAAUCUUUCAGAGACAUCAGAAACUACUUCAAUGACAUAGUCUACAAGAAUCUGGACUUUAUCACUUCACUCAAGGAAGAGUUAAAGGACAUGAAAAGAAAGGAGGAGAAAAGAAAUAAAGAGAUGGCGGAAGUGGUGGAGCAGAAUAAGGAGCUUAGAGAGUCUCCACAAAAGGCCAAAGAGGAAGUUGCAGAGCUUCAGAAAAAGCUUGCCAACUAUGAGAAGGACAAGAGUGCUCUAACUAGAACAAGAGCUCGUCUCAAAAUAUCUGACAGAGAAUUGAAGGAGCUUAAGUGGGAGCAUGAAGUGUUGGAGCAGAGAUUUACUAAGGUUCAGUUGGAGCGGGAUGAGUUAUAUAUGAAGUUCACAAAAGCUAUCCUAGAGGUUCAGCAGAAGAGUGGCUUCAAAAACCUGCUGCUGGAGUGCAAAUUGAGCGCACUCACUGACACGCUGGAGAAGAAGGAAGCCCAGCUCAGUGAGGUGCUGUCUGUUUCCAACCUGGACCCUACCACCCUCAGUGUGGUCACCCAUAAACUGGAGGAAGUUUUGGAGUCCAAAAACCAUACUAUUACAGACUUACAGUAUGAAGUGUCACGCGUUUGCAAGGCCUAUAAUGACCUGCUGAAGACUUCUAAAGCAAAGCUGCGGGAAUUUGGGAUCCAUGUGGAAGAACUCGGGUUUAAGCCACUCGAAAGUAUUGUUGGACAGAGUCUUGGUCAGGGCUCUGCUGCCCUAGUUUCUGCUCCAAAUUAGCAAGAAAGGGAAAACACAUUUUAUCCUAAUAAAAUAAAAUGAUCAAAUAUUAUUCAGAAUGUUUUGUAGGGUUUUUUUUUUUUGUAACACUUUAUUUUACUGUAUCCUUAUUUAUGUUACAUGUAGUAAUAACUAUGCAUAAUUAAACCCUAAACCAAACCCUUAACCUAACCCUAACUCUAGUAAGUAUAUGUAGUUAAUUAAUAUUACUCUGUGUAUAAUUACACUGUAAGUUCUGUUUCACACUGCACAUGUAAGAAGCACAUAUAUUUUUCAGUGCCCAUGUUAACAGAUUAGAGCAUUUACACUGCACGUAGAGCUUGAGCAGCAGCGCGUAGCAGGAGCAUAGCAGAAGCGGCAGCGUCGUGAUUGUUUCUUUUAGUUCUUUUUCAAAAUGACUGAGAAAUAACUCACCACAAGGUGUUCUGUGUUUCACAAUCACCAUAUGACAUUCAGCGCUGUGAAGAAAAAAAAAAUAAAUAAAUAAAUUACACAAUUACAUCA